ACCCCAUUAGGCCCACAAUAUCCAAAAUCCAUCUCUUCAACUUCAAUUUAUUCUCUCUGCUAAACCCUAGAGACAGAGGAAACCGAUGAAGUAAAGUAAUCUCUUGUGAUUCCGAGGAAAGCCCAUUUGUGUAAAACAAUGGCGCUUUUGGCUUCCUCCGUAUUGCCUUCAGCUCUGAAUAUUAAGGUUAAGCGAUUUGAGCACGAGCCUUCUUCUCAGCUUCAUGGGUUUCUUUUGCAAUUGAAUUGUCACCGUCGAGUGUCUCCAAAAUGUGGCAUGAAAAUAACAACGGCGCGGUUUCAGUUUGGCGAGCCAAAUAAGAUUAAGGAGCAACUCAAUUUCAUCAAGGAGAGGUUAUGGGAGAAAACCCCUGACGCUGUCAAAGAUUUUCCUUGGAAGAAAGCUGAGAAUCUGCUGCUGCAGAGACUACUUUUUGUAGGAAAGAAGGCAUUGAAGUUGUCUGUUGUUACAUUUUUUGUCCUCAGCUGUCUGUCUGAUUUUAUAUACUCUAUAUCCAGAAAUCAAGAGUUGAUAAUACCCUUUGGUCUCAUUGUUGGAUGUUUGAUGACUGAUUUCUUAAAAGAGACAUCCCAAGAAGCAUUUCGCAGCUUUGAGGGAAAGGGCUUGAAAAUGAAAUGGCUGCUCAUGGCAAUGGGUGGCUUCUUUGCUGUGGUAAAGUUUGUUUCUACAUAUUUUGCUAUGCGAACUCGGGUGUUUCUUUUGCAUGUUGCAAAUGGUGGAUUGAUGCAAGUUUUGUGGCUAUGGAGAAGUUUGCUGGAAGAAAAUGGAGGAAGGGACGGAGGCAAUUUAUUUUCCAUGCAAGAUUGAUCUUCAGCUGCAGAUGCAGAAAGUUAAGUUCUUUAAGUGUGGCCAAAUUCUUUGUUUUGUUUGUCAAACUACAUUGUUAUCAGUAAGUUCUUUAGGGGUGAUCUUGCUUGAUAAUCUAUAAAAUCAUAUAUCAAUUUCACCUUAUUAUGAUUCUGCUGUGUGGCAUUUAAUUGAACAA